AUGGCGUCCAGGCGUCGUGGAGGGGACGCUGGGCACGAAGGACCUUCGAAGCCGCCCAAGCUGAGCCGCGGUGUAGGUGGUCGGAGAACCGGCCGCCUGGCACCCGAAGUGUCUACUCCGGUACCAGCUGCACGUCGUCGUCGUAAGACCGGGACCGAGACCUCGGCAGCCACCGCCGCUCCCAGAUCUACCGAAAGCUCUGGAGCUCAGCGAGACACCACGAGCGCUAAGCGUGACACGUCUUCCCCCGCUACUCCGCCAUCUAGUGACUGCGUGGCGUCGUCGUCGUCUGGCAUCCUCUCGGUGGCCACCACGGCGACUGCAGACCCUUCGCCAUCAGCGCAUAGUUCUGAGGACGACGAAGUCGAAACCAUGAGAUGGCACGGGGACCGCGAAGACCAGCUAGACCCCGCGUCUGACGGCGGUGCGUGCGGCAGUUCAUUCGUCGUCUCGCAAGAGUCCGGCAGCGGUAGUCGCCGCGCCUCCAGCGUCGUGGUGACUGCACCUGGUCGAGUUGGAUCAGCGUUCGACGGUCCGUUCAACUCGACCAUGGUGGAGGGGGCCGUGCCCAUUCACCAGAUGCCCCUGCCCAGCAUGACGACCACGGGAGGCCAGUCGACCAGGACCCUGGUGCCCGACACCGAAGACGGUGCUCUGGACGACAUUCCGCAACCCUUGCCGCCUCCGCCGCCUCCACUGGAGUCUUCGCCAACUGUGGUCAUCCCGCCGUGUCCUCUGGGACUGCACAGGCAGAUGCAGCUGCGCGAGAUGCGGCGCCACGGCGUGCUGUACAGCUGGGAACUGCCACCGCCUUGA